AGGAGCAAAGGCUGCUCGUGGAGGCUCGGCCUCGUUGCAGCAGCUGCAGGCUGCGUGCGGAGCUGCCGGAGCCGAGGAGCGCUGCGGUCAGCCUCGCCUUGUUGAUUUUGUCACCUCUCUGCUGUUUGUUCGCACGGAACCCCUGCCCCCCCACGCCGCUGCCAGCAAACCGUUGGCUCGGAAGGUUUUUGUCGCCAAAGUUGGGCGCUGGGGUAGCAAAGAGCCACGGUUGCCGAACCACAACAGGAAAGCAGGGCAGGGCUGGGGGACCAGAGUUGCCUCUCGCCUUCGGUCCGCGGCCCUUUGAACGUCACCGGUAAGGUCACUUCGUCUGACGUGAGGAUGGCUGGGGGGGCCGCGCCUGGGGGUGCAGCCACCCCCGCCCCGAGGCAGCUCCCCAGCCUCUGCGCUGCGGUUUCCCCAAAGCAAGAGCGGCGGCACGGUGCGCUGUGGUUUGGAGUGCCCAGCGCUGGGGCUGGCUUCUUCUUUCAUGUCGAGAAUUUGGGGGUGGGCACCCGAGGGCGUCGCGGGGCCUUUGAGGAGCCACCUGCAGCCCUGAGCAUUGCAGAAAUGGUUAAAAGCCAAAUUUUCCUGCCGGAUGUGGGUCCGUGCAGCAAGCUGACACGAGCUCUGCACCCGUCGAUGCACCCCACAGCUGCCGGCAGCGGCGCGUGGGGAGGACGCAUUCCCUGUGGGGACACCGCGUCCUCCGUGGGGACACCGUGUCCUCACGGCAGGGGGACAUCGCUGCCAGGACCCCAAACUUUGGGUAGCUGCAAGUCCCGGUGCACUCGGCCACUCUGCAGAAGGACUGGGACGAGCACGCCGAUGGCACCCCUGGGUUUCUCCUGCACGAAGGCGCUGCUGGCCACGGGGCUGCUGCUGCUGUGGCUGGUCCCUACAGCACCGGCAACGUUGCUGGAUCUACACCAGCCCCAGCCCUUCCUCUUCGUGGAGCCCAGCACUCCGGUGGACAUCAGCUGCAUUCUGGGCGAGGGGCUCGAUGGCAAAGGCAACGUGUUCUGGUACCGGCGUGUCCGUGGGGAGCGGCCCCAGCUGAUCCUCAACUGCAGCCAGGAGGCUCAGGAGGGAUUUUCCUGCGAGUACUCAAAGGGACGCGCCGUGCUGCACAUCGCUGUUGCACACAUCAGCCACACCGGCCUCUACCUCUGCGCCUACUACAUCAACUCCAGGCUGAAGUUUCGCAACGGCACCGCGCUGAUCGUGGGAGACAGCUGGAGGGCCCAGAGCUGGGUGCGGGUGCUGGCGCCCCAGGACUCCCCUUCAGACCCCCCCGGCCUGGUCUGUGCCGUGGGCAACGCCAGCGGCCCCGUCCUCGUCUCCUGGCCGGGGGGGCCCCGACCCCAGCAGGUGCUGGGGCUGGGGGGCAGCACAGAGCUGCUCAUCAGCCCCGCGGGCAUCGCCGGGGGCACCGGGGGGCUCUGCGAGGUGCGCUUCAAUGCCUCCGGUCCCCCCGUCCGCAGGAGCGUGGAGCUGCACGGGGCCAAGGAUGGCUGGGACAAGUGGCCCCCCCCAGGUGCCUGCACGACACCAAGUGUCGUGGCCAUGGCCGCAGCCGGGGCGCUGCUGCUGCUCGGCCUCAGCCUCGGCGUCCGCUGCCUCCUCCGCGCACGGACGGGACUCCGGCCCAGAGCCCCGAACCCUCAAGCACCCCAGCACCAGCAGGGAGAGCUGACGUACGCCCAGCUCCGCUUCGCCACCCCAGCGAGGGCAGCGCCGUGACCCACGGGGCUGGGCCCCAAGGCCUCGGUGGCGGCGCCGUGCAGCCCCGGGAGGCUGCGGCUGCCCCGGCCGCCGGGACUGCGGGGAGGAAGGAACGGGACCGAACCUCCAAGGGACCGAACCUCCAAGGGACCGAACCUCCGAGGAGGGGACUCGAAGGAGGAGUGAAUGACGGGAUUGGAUGUAAAAUGUGGCGUUA